CGUGUCACAACUUCAAUGAAUAGCCAAGGUGAGGAUGAAAAGAACGACAGUGAUCUCGGUCAAAUCAAAUUGAUGAUGGGCGAAGGGAAGUUAGGUACUUGGAAAACGGUUGAUGGAGUGUCCACGGGUAGACUACAACCAGGGUCAAUAGUCAACCAUGAAUGGGCUUUAAUGAUAAGACCCUGUAAAGAACUCAGUCCUCAAAAGCUCCUUACAGCUCUUCUUACUUUUCCCACAUUGUCAGUUGAGUCACAAAUUCGCGAUAGGUGACGAUGUGUGCCUUCAUUGCCCCCUUCCCGGUCGCACCUAUCCCUCAGUCCCAGACUCUAGGGGAGCUACUAUCGAAGCUCCCCGAGGAAAUCAUCAUUCAGAUCCUCGAAUACUCUCUCGUUCUUCCCGGCGUCAUCUCAAAGAAGGAUUUCUGGGGAGGAAAAUGCGAAUGGCCAGGAUGCUUGUGUGCAGACAGUGACUGGGAGCACACACCGGGUGAAGAGCUCACGAACAACACCUUGGCUCCCCUGCUUUCAACUCCCGAUCCAAUCCCAAGACUGGCGCAGUACGUUUUCUACAAGUCCAACACGUUUCACAUAUGCGAUCCGCGCAGCGAUAUGGACUGGGUCGGCCGUGGUGUGUGGCUUCCUCCACAAGAUAUCCGCCGGUGGAUCCGGCGCCUGGAGAUCGAAAUCUUUAUCGAGGACCCGCGACUCGUGUCGGUGGCCUGCGAGGUAUGGCGACCUGGACGAGACGUCGAGUACUUGCGACAAAUGCAGCGGGCCGUCAAGGGAUUCACCGAACUGAGGACCCUGAGACUGAUGUUCGAAACCGCCUUCGUCACUAAUCACGACAUGCUGGAGACGAUCGACGGAAUUUGGAGUACGCUAGAGCAUUUUCGCUUUCAGACGCCACAACUUGUUUUGGAGGCGUGCUCUGCUUUUCCGGCGUGGUACGAUGAUACUUAUAGCAUACCGGCCGGCGACGGCGACUCAGUCCGCGAUGUACGUUUGGAAAGGCUUCUGGCAAAGUACGUAUCUGCAACGGGCAAGAUGCAGUGCAACAGCGAAAAGAGCGGUUGGAUAGGUGCAGAGUGCCAUCCGUGGCAAGGUAAGUUGUGAGACAGUCGCAUCGAUGCUAGGCAAUGGGCGUCCUGUACGAAAAAGGGAUGGCAGUAAAUUUCACAGGAGAGUUGACUCCUUAUUGGCCUGUAGCAGCAUCUUCGGUGUGUUGGCUGCUGAUGAUGUCUUCGAUAGUG